AUGUCUCUCCAAAAAGUCGGCGUAUUCACUGACGAUGCGCCCACGCUUCGCCCAGGCGUUUAUACGCCAGCUAUCAUCGCCAAUGGCUUUGUUUUUACAUCGGGCGUGCUAGGUGCUGAUCCCAUUACGAAGAAAAUGGUUCACGGCACAGUCAUUGAUCGAUUUCAUCAGAUUAUGAGAAACGUCGAUGCUAUCCUCAAGCAAGCUGGCUCUAGCUUGGAGAACGUAGUUGAGGUCACGGUGUUUUUGACAAACAUAAUCGACGCCGAUGACCUGUCUCUCGCUUACAGAACUUACUGGGGAGACCUCAAACCUGCGCGAACCUGCGUUGCUGUGAAGGAGCUGCCCUAUGGCUCGGAUAUUGAGCUCAAGUGCAUUGCGGUAGUUACGGCCAGCUGA